GACACAUAUUGAGUGGUAAUUCACUGACCCUUUUGCAAGGCACAGCCAAUGGAUUGUUUGAUUUCUGUCUUCUGAAUUUUUAGAGCUCUCAUCGGACACACCCUGUGUGCUUACUGUGUGCUUUUUUUUUUUGUGUGCAAAAUAUUGCCUCAUUCCAUUUGUUUGACGGCAAAGCAGAGGGAGCUCCGGUGUCCUAUGUAGGUAUAGCAAAUCCUGGAAUUGAACUAUUGCAGUGAUCUGCUCUGUUCAAAUUGACACUUGGACGAUAUCCAGUGAUUAGCUGUUCUAUGGGGUUAAUUUAACCUAAUUGAUUCAAAAUAACUUAUGUAAUUUCAAACCGGGCUUUGCUCAGUGGAAAAUCACUAAAAUGGGUCCCUACUAAAUUUAAAUUGAUAUUCCAUAUGGCGAGAUCUGGUCCGAUAUCAUUUUAAGUAUUGUUUAUUUGCCUUUUGAAGACACGAUAAGAUGUAUGUCCAUAUUGUGAUUCUUUGGGUAUUGCAGACCACAGCAAUGGCGCACACUACCCAUAUCUCCAAAGAUGAACUGGAAGAACUGAGAGAGGCCUUUGGCAGAGUUGAUCUGGACAGCAAUGGAUACAUUUCUGAUUAUGAACUUCGCGAUCUAUUUAAGGAAGCCAACCUUCCUCUUCCCGGAUACAAAGUGCGGGAGAUCAUCCAGAAGCUGAUGAAUGAGGGUGAUAAGAAUAAGGAUGGCAAGAUAUGCUUUGAAGAGUUUGUUUUUCUUGUACAAGAAUUAAAAAGUAGUGACAUUGCCAAAACCUUUCGGAAGGCAAUCAACCGCAAAGAGGGAAUUUGUGCAAUCGGGGGCACCUCCGAGCUGUCUAGUGAGGGAACCCAGCACUCUUAUUCAGAGGAGGAAAAAUAUGCCUUUGUAAACUGGAUAAACAAAGCCUUAGAAAAUGACCCAGACUGCAAGCAUGUUCUUCCCAUGAAUCCGAACACCAAUGAUCUGUUCCGAGCUGUAGGAGAUGGCAUUGUGCUGUGUAAAAUGAUCAAUUUGUCGGUAGCAGACACUAUUGACGAAAGGGCAAUUAACAAGAAGAAACUAACUCCUUUCACUAUCCAGGAAAACCUGAACUUGGCAUUGAAUUCUGCCUCUGCCAUUGGCUGUCAUGUGGUUAACAUUGGAGCAGAAGACCUUAAGGCUGGGAAACCUCACCUGGUUCUGGGACUGCUGUGGCAGAUCAUUAAGAUUGGAUUGUUUGCUGACAUAGAGCUCAGCAGGAAUGAAGCCCUGGCAGCCUUGCUUCGUGAUGGAGGGACUUUGGAAGACCUGAUGAAAUUGUCCCCAGAAGAGCUGCUUUUGAGAUGGGCAAAUUUCCAUCUGGAGAACGCUGGUUGGCAGAAAAUCAAUAACUUCAGCUCAGACAUUAAGCUAACUGACUUUGGUUACUCUGUUAAGGACUCGAGAGCCUACUUCCAUCUGCUAAACCAGAUAGCACCUAAAGGACAGAAGGAAGGUGAAGAGAGAAUAGAUAUCAACAUGUCUGGGUUCAGUGAGAAAGAUGAUCUGAAGAGAGCAGAGUACAUGCUGCAGCAGGCAGACAGGCUUGGCUGCAAGCAGUUCGUUACGCCUGCUGAUGUUGUGAGCGGAAAUCCCAAAUUAAAUCUUGCUUUUGUAGCAAACUUGUUUAAUAAAUACCCAGCACUUACUAAGCCCGAGAACCAGGACAUUGACUGGACACUCCUCGAAGCCAUGUCCAGGGACUCUGUGUCUUAUGCUGCAGAGGAGGUUUUUUCUCCAGAGGAAUCCAUUCCAUGUAACCAGGAAUGGAAUGUCUUGUCUCAGGCUUCUAUAUCUGAGCCAGGAUGGCUGACUUCAAUGGAAUUCAAGGGAAUGAUCUCUCAGAUUUCUACUAGGGUGGCUCAUGUUUUACAGAAUUCUAUGGCAGUUUGGUCAGGUUCUGUUCCUAUUCCUUCUAAAUCCCCUAGCAUUUACCCGAAGAAACGUGCACUUGCACACAUUAUGCAAGCCAACACGGAUACCAUCUCUGAAAUGGCAGACGCUUCUCCUUUUACGAAGAAACCCUUUUCCUCAUCUACAUUGCAGUCCUUUCGGACCACUAAGACGAAGAAGUCCAAGCCUUCUACCACUUUCUUUAGAGGUGGUCGGGCAAAAUCCAAGAAGCCUGCCCCUGCAGGUUCCCAGGACCAGAAGCCUGCAUCUAGUUCCUCUAAAUCCUCAACAUGA